CUGAAAAUCCGGAACCCCGGUUCUGAUUUUCUUUCGCCCUGGUCUUUGCUGCCUUCUGGUUCUCUCCUAGGCUCAUUGGAGCUAGGAGCUCAGUGCAGCGACGAACCGCGUGGACCUGAGGCUGUCCGGGCGGCCCCCAGCCGCCUGCCUAUUUUCUCCCUCGCCAGGAUUCCUGUCUAGUCAUGACGAGAUUCUGGGUCUGCGUAGCCGGCGCUGGCUUCUUUCUUGCGUUUCUGGUUUUCCAUUCUCGAUUUUGUGCCUCUCGGCUCCCGUUACCUCUUCACUUUGCUUUUAAAAUUUCCUGGAGACCUGAGGAAGCCCUUUACCGGCUGGAUGUGGAUUGGCCUAAGUAUUCAGAAUACUUUACUGGAGCAACAUUUUGUGUUGCAGUUGACUCCCUCAACGGAUUGGUUUACGUAGCCCAAAGAGGGGAUAACAUCCCAAAGGUAUUAGUGUUCACAGAGGAUGGAUAUUUCCUACGAGCCUGGAAUUAUACAGUUGACACACCUCAUGGUAUAUUUGCAGCCAGUACACCACAUGAACAAUCUGUCUGGAUCACGGAUGUAGGAAGUGGACUCUACGGUCAUACUAUUAAAAAAUACAAUUCCUUUGGUGAUCUUGUUCAAGUUUUGGGUACCCCAGGCAAAAAAGGCACUGGUUUAAAUCCCCUGCAGUUUGAUAACCCUGCAGAAUUAUAUGUAGAAGACACAGGGGAUAUUUACAUUGUGGAUGGAGAUGGAGGAUUGAAUAACAGGUUGAUCAAAUUGUCCCAAGAUUUCAUGAUCCUUUGGCUACAUGGAGAAAAUGGGACAGGGCCUGCUAAGUUCAGCAUUCCUCACAGUGUUACAGUUGAUUCUGAUGGUCGGGUGUGGGUGGCGGACCGAGGCAAUAAAAGAAUUCAGGUGUUUGAUAAAGACACGGGGGAGUGGCUAGGAGCUUGGAAUAAUUGUUUCUCCGAAGAAGGACCUUCUGCAGUCAGAUUUACUCCCGACGGGAAGCACUUGAUCGUAGCUCAGCUGAAUCUGAGCCGGCUCUUACUCGUGGCGGCGCCCCCGGUAGGAAGCAUUGGCGACUGUUCGGUGAUCAGCACGAUCCAGCUGGCGGAUCAGGUCUCACCUCAUCUCUUAGACGUCAGUGGGAAGACUGGAGCCAUCUAUGUAGCAGAAAUUGGAGCAAAACAAGUACAAAAAUACGUCCCUGUGAAGAGCUAUUUCUCUUCAUUCGGUUCGUAACUGUUUCUUUCCCUGAAGGUCUUUUCAAGUGGAAGUUCAGAUUCUCAGCUUUGGGGCAUUCUUGUGACUUCAUUUCACACAUGAGUGCAUAAGGAUACUUUAUGAAAGAAACGUAACUCUAAUGAAGAAUGGGGUGGGAAAGCGGGACUAAGGUGGUAACCCAGUAAUUUGCCCUAUAGACUCAUUCUCGCUGGGGGUGGGGGGAACACAGGAAUAAAAAUGGGUUUGCAGGAUAAUUUAUUGAAUUUCACAUAAACAACACAAACCUUCACUUAGUAAAAAAUGAACUGCUUGAGAGAUGGGGUCAGAUGGGGUCUUGAUUAACGAGAACCCACAGAGUGCCAGGUCCUGAAGAUUCGGGAAUGAGCAGGCAGGGUUGUCUGUGCCUUUGAGUAGCUUAUAGUCCACGAAACACGGCAGCAGCAGCGCACCAGGGAAGUAGGACUUUCUGAAGGAGGGGUGUUUUGUCUGAAUCAUGGAGGCUUUGCAGGGGAGUCCGUGUGAGUUCCUCAAGCUCCGUUUGAAAAGCAGGAGGAGAGAACGACGUCCAGGUACAGAUGUUAAGAAAAGUGCACGCUUGCUGUGAACUUCGCUAGACUUUAUUUUACAGGCCCAGCUUGGCUUUGGUCCUUUAGUUGUAGGAUACGUAGUUGCAUCCUUUACGUGUAGGAAUAAAAUGGCUAGCGUCAAGCACUUUACCGAAAGGGGUUUUUACAAAUAACUGGAAUGGUUUUUAAAGGUAGCGUUAAAAAUAGUUCCUCUCAGUGCCGCCAUCUUCCUUCCUUCCUUCCUUCCAUCCCUCUUUUUUAUAUGAACUCUGUCCCUUUCUAACAUUUGUCUACCUCAGGGAAGUUUUAGAAUUAUUUAUGGAAGAAUGUGUGCCAAACACUUGGAGCUAUUAAAAUGAAGAAUUUCCUACCCUUCUAUUUCUAUGUCUCUUUUUUACCCCUUUGAAUAUUGGCCUCCCAGGUAAGACCAUUUGUUCAGUUUGUUCUAGUUCAUUCUAGGUUUGGAAGGAACCUUGCCAUAUUACAGUCUUUCAGAUCAUUCUUCGCCUUUUCUCGCAUCAGCCUCCAUCUUUAUCUCCGUGUUUCACUGUAAAUUGUAUGGCAAGUGAGAAAUCUUGAGCUGACUGUCCUCAUUACCUGUUACGACUGGAGUCUGCUUUCCAGACCUCGAGGAACUUACACUUUUGUCAUAUCUUGAUGCAGUUAGGAAGGUAAAUCUACCAACAGGAAACCCUCUCCUGUGUUCCAAGGCCAUUGAUGUGUGUUUGUGCCACUGGUCAAUCUGUGUGAUCUAAGUGAGCUGCCUUAGUUUUCUCUUCAGUGAAAUGGGACCAUCAUUGCCUUUCCUCCUUCAGGAAGGCUGUGAGGAUCAGAUGUGCAAUAGGUACAAAUGUGCCCUUUGAAAUCUGUAGCUCCAAGUACAUUAAAGUCAUCUUAUUAGCAAGGGUCCUACUAAAUGUGCUAUUUACCUGAUACCAGCUAUCAGUUUUGCCUUAAUUUUGCAUUUAUUGCUUUUUUUCAAAGCGUAUCCUCACAAAUUUUAUGCAGUUUAGCCAAAUCGACUUGGAUGAAAGGAAAUAAUUUGAGGUUUUAUUGUUUUGUUUCCAAGCCAGGACAAGAAGUGCAAAUGUCUCUUUGAAAGAAUAUAGGUUAGAUUUUGUCAUUUCAAAAAUGUUGUAUUUAACUUUGUUUUAUACCAGAUUUUUAUAAAACUCGCUGAAAGUAUUGUUUCCAUGUGUCCUGCUAAAAGUUUAUUUUAUUAGCAUACUCGUAAUCAUGGUAUCUCACUUUUCUCCUUUGGAUUAAUUGGUUAAAUUAAUUGAAUGAGAAGUGUGUUGUAUUUUCUAUUAAAAAAUAAAAGUUUUGGAAA